AUGGACAGAGUGCAUUUGGAUGAGAAUGGGGAGCUGGCAGCCAACCUAGACAUUGUGAACUGGGUAAAGUUUCCUAAUGCGUCCAUCGUCAGAGUGAAGUUUGGGUCUAUCUAUAGACGGGAAUAUCCAGGCCUAGAGUUCACCAUUGAUCAGGAUGCCAUUGUUUGGCCCAAAUGGCUCAACCAGACCCUGCCUCCUUCCAGGUGUGUGGAAAGCUGCCGCCCAGGAUUCGUCAAGGUGGUUCAGGAAGGAAAGCCCCUUUGCUGCUAUGACUGCAUUCCCUGCCCGGAAGGGACCAUCUCCACUCGAGAAGAUGCAGAGUGUUGCACCAGGUGUCCAGAAGAUCAACAUCCAAACAAGGACCGAGAUCAGUGUAUCUCCAAAAUUAUCACCUUCCUGUCCCAUGAAGAACCUUUGGGAAUCCUCCUGUCUUCCUUUGCCCUACUCUUGGCCUUAACUACAGGCAUUGUGUUAGGAAUUUUUAUUAAAUAUCUUGACACUCCAAUAGUCAAGGUCAACAAUCGGGACCUCUCCUACAUCCUCCUUGUCUCCCUCCUGCUUUCCUUUUUGUCCUCCUUCCUCUUCAUUGGCCGACCAAGGAAAGAGACCUGUCUUCUCCGACACAUGGCCUUCAGCAUCAUCUUCUCAGUUGCUGUCUCUUCUGUCUUGGCAAAGACCAUCACUGUGGUGCUGGCCUUUCUGGCCACAAAGCCAGGGAACAAGGUGAAGAGAUGGCUGGGGAAGCAUCUGACCAACUCCAUUGUCAUUUCCUGUUCCAGUGUCCAAGUUGUCAUCUGCAGCAUCUGGCUGGGUGUCUCUCCCCCAUUCCCGGACUCUGGCAUGCAUUCCCAGUCUGGAGAGAUCAUCCUGCAAUGCAACGAAGGGUCCAUUGCCAUGUUUUAUGGUUCCCUUGGCUACAUGGGCUUCCUGGCUGCCAUCUGCUUCACGGUGGCUUUCCUUGCCAGGAAGCUGCCUGGGGCCUUCAAUGAAGCCAAGCUGAUCACCUUCAGCAUGCUGGUCUUCUGCAGUGUUUGGGUCUCCUUUGUGCCCACCUACCUGAGCACAAAGGGGAAAUACAUGGUAGCCGUGCAGGUCUUCUCCAUCUUGGCUUCCAGUGCUGGCCUUCUGGGCUGCAUCUUCAUUCCCAAGUGCUACAUUAUUGUAUUGAGACCUGAUCUAAAUACGAAGUCAUAUUUAACAACAAAAACAAAAGUAGAAAUAUAA